CAGAAAGAACAGUAAAAAUGCAGGCAGGGCACAGGACAAAGCACUCGGGACAAAAUGUAUGUGAAAUGUGAAUGUCAAAAUUUUCAAAUUUCCCACCGGUUACGUCCCAGUCGUCCCAACACUCACAGGGACCGGAACAUGGAACACGGAUGCCAGCAUCGGCCGGAGGAGAUGGCCGGGGACGCUGCAGAGGACACAUCGUGGGAGCGUAGGACAAGGUAAGUGCUGCAGGAAAUCCCUGAGCAAUGCUGCAAGGUAUUCCCGAGUGUAGCUCGGGGUUACCGCUUUUGGUACUGA